UUUCCGUUCGAGUUUGGAUUUUAGGCGCCAUUUUCGAGUGAAGGACCCGGAGCGGAGACGCCGGUCGGAGCGAGGCCCGGGGAGGGGGGUCGGCCGUCGCCCGGUUGGCAGCCCUGCGCGGAGCGGGACCUGCCGACAGCCACCAUGCGGCGUAAGGGCACCAAGCCCUCCUCGGUCUGCCGCCAGGAGGAAGGGCCGCCGCCCUCCCCAGACGGCGCCCACAGCAAUGGGGACCCCGAGCAACCGGACGGCGGAGCGGACAGCGCUGCAGCUGCAGAGACUCCAGGUGAGGAACUUGAUAACAGAAGUUUGGAAGAGAUUUUGAAUAGCAUUCCUCCACCCCCGCCUCCAGCAAUGGCCAGUGAAGCUGGAGCUCCUCGGCUAAUGAUCACUCAUAUUGUAAACCAAAACUUCAAGUCCUAUGCUGGAGAGAAAAUUCUGGGUCCUUUCCAUAAGCGCUUUUCCUGUAUUAUUGGUCCAAAUGGCAGUGGAAAAUCCAAUGUUAUUGAUUCUAUGCUUUUUGUGUUUGGCUAUCGAGCACAAAAAAUAAGGUCUAAAAAGCUGUCAGUAUUGAUACAUAAUUCUGAUGAACAUAAGGAUAUUCAGAGUUGUACUGUAGAAGUUCAUUUUCAAAAGAUAAUUGAUAAGGAAGGGGAUGACUAUGAAGUCAUUCCUAACAGUAACUUCUGUGUAUCUAGAACAGCCUACAGAGAUAACACUUCUGUUUAUCAUAUAAGUGGGAAAAAGAGAACAUUUAAAGAUGUUGGAAAUCUUCUUAGAAGCCAUGGAAUUGACUUGGACCAUAAUCGAUUUUUAAUCUUGCAGGGCGAAGUCGAACAGAUUGCUAUGAUGAAACCAAAAGGCCAGACUGAACAUGAUGAGGGUAUGCUUGAGUAUUUAGAAGAUAUAAUUGGCUGUGGACGGCUAAAUGAACCUAUUAAAGUCUUAUGUCGGAGAGUUGAAAUAUUAAAUGAAAACAGAGGAGAAAAGUUAAACAGAGUUAAAAUGGUGGAAAAGGAAAAGGACGCCCUAGAAGGGGAGAAAAACAUAGCCAUUGAGUUCCUUACCCUGGAAAAUGAAAUAUUUAAAAAAAAGAAUCAUAUCUGUCAAUAUUACAUUUAUGAUCUGCAAAAAAGAAUUGCUGAAAUGAAAACCCAAAAGGAAAAAAUUCAUGAAGAUACUAAGGAAAUUACUGAGAGGAGCAAUAUGCUUUCAAAUGAAAUGAAAGCUAAGAAUUCAGCUAAUUCAGCUGUAAAGGAUAUAGAAAAGAAACUCAAUAAAGUUACAAAGUUUAUUGAAGAAAAUAAAGAAAAAUUUACACAGCUAGAUUUAGAAGAUGUUCAAAUUAGGGAAAAAUUAAAACAUGCUACAAGUAAAGCCAAAAAGCUGGAGAAACAACUUCAAAAAGAUAAAGAAAAGGUUAGUAAAGAACGGGAGAAAGAAGAAAAAAAGUUAAAAGAAGUUAUGGACAGCCUUAAACAAGAAACACAAGGGCUUCAGAAAGAAAAGGAGAGUCAAGAAAAAGAACUUAUGGGUUUUAACAAAUCAGUAAAUGAAGCACGUUCAAAGAUGGAAGUCGCUCAGUCAGAACUUGAUAUCUAUCUCAGUCGGCAUAAUACAGCAGUGUCUCAGCUAAGUAAGGCAAAGGAAGCUCUAAUUACAGCUUCUGAGACUCUCAAAGAAAGGAAAGCUGCAAUUGGAGAUAUAAACACAAAGCUCCCUCAGACUCAACGAGAAUUAAAGGAGAAAGAAAAAGAACUUCAGAAAUUAACACAAGAAGAAAUAAACUUGAAAAGUUUGGUUCAUGAUCUUUUCCAAAAAGUUGAAGAAGCAAAGAGUUCCUUAGCAACGAAUCGAAGUCGAGGGAAAGUACUUGAUGCGAUAAUUCAAGAAAAAAAAUCUGGCAGGAUCCCAGGAAUAUAUGGAAGAUUGGGAGACUUGGGAGCUAUUGAUGAAAAAUAUGACAUUGCUAUUUCAUCCUGUUGCCAUGCACUAGACUACAUUGUUGUUGAUUCUAUUGAUACAGCCCAAGAAUGUGUAAACUUCCUUAAACGACAUAAUAUUGGUGUCGCCACUUUUAUAGGUUUGGAUAAGAUGGCAGUAUGGGCCAAAAAAAUGACCAAAAUUCAAACUCCUGAAAACACUCCUCGGUUAUUUGAUUUAGUGAAAGUAAACAAUGAGGAAAUUCGCCAAGCUUUUUACUUUGCUUUACGAGAUACCUUAGUGGCUGACAACUUGGAUCAAGCUACAAGAGUAGCUUAUCAAAAAGACAGACGGUGGAGAGUAGUGACUCUACAGGGCCAGAUCAUAGAGCAGUCAGGUACAAUGACUGGCGGUGGAAGCAAAGUAAUGAGAGGAAGAAUGGGUUCGUCGGUUAUCGUGGAAAUCUCUGAGGAAGAGGUAAAUAAGAUGGAAUCCCAGUUGGAAAGACAUUCUAAACAAGCAAUGCAAAUCCAAGAACAGAAAGUACAACAUGAAGAAGCAGUCGUUAAGUUAAGGCAUAGUGAACGAGAAAUGAGAAAUACACUAGAAAAGUUCACUGCAAGCAUCCAGGGUCUGUCAGAGCAAGAAGAGUAUUUGACUGUACAAAUUAAAGAACUGGAAACUAAUGUGCUUACUACAGCCCCUGAUAAAAAGAAACAGAAAUUGCUAGAAGAAAAUGUCAGUGCUUUUAAAAAAGAAUAUGACGCUGUGGCUGAGAAAGCUGGUAAAGUAGAAGCUGAGGUUAAGCGAUUGCACGAUACCAUCAUAGAAAUCAACAACCGAAAACUCAAGGCUCAGCAAACCAAACUUGAUAUGAUAAAUAAGCAGCUGGAUGAAUGUGCUUCUGCUAUUACUAAGGCCCAGGUAGCAAUCAAGACUGCUGACAGAAAUCUUAAAAAGGCACAAGAUUCUGUCUUCCGCACAGAGAAAGAAAUAAAAGACACUGAGAAAGAAACAAAUGAUUUAAAAGCAGAAUUAAAAAAUAUUGAAGACAAAGCAGAAGAAGUCAUCAAAAAUACAAAUGCUGCAGAGGAGUCGUUACCAGAAAUCCAGAAAGAACAUCGUAAUCUACUUCAGGAACUAAAAGUCAUUCAAGAAAAUGAACAUGCUCUUCAGAAAGAUGCACUUAGUGUUAAGUUGAAACUUGAGCAAAUAGAUGGCCACAUUGCUGAACAUAAUUCUAAAAUAAAAUACUGGCAAAAAGAGAUUUCAAAAAUAAAAUUGCAUCCUGUAGAAGAUAAUCCUGUUGAGACAGUGUCAGUUCUAAGCCCAGAGGAUCUUGAGGCAAUCAAGGAUCCAGGUUCUAUAACAAAUCAGAUUGCACUUUUGGAAACUCAAUGUCAUGAAAUGAAACCAAAUCUUGGUGCCAUUGCAGAGUAUAAAAAAAAGGAAGAAUUAUAUUUGCAAAGAGUAGCAGAGUUGGACAAAAUUACUUCUGAAAGAGAUAAUUUUAGACAAGCAUAUGAAGAUCUUCGAAAACAAAGACUGAAUGAAUUUAUGGCAGGUUUUUAUGUAAUAACAAAUAAAUUAAAGGAAAACUACCAGAUGCUGACUUUGGGAGGGGAUGCUGAACUAGAGCUUGUGGAUAGUUUGGAUCCCUUUUCAGAAGGAAUCAUGUUCAGUGUUCGACCACCUAAGAAGAGUUGGAAGAAGAUCUUUAACCUUUCAGGAGGAGAGAAAACCCUUAGUUCAUUGGCCUUAGUGUUUGCUCUUCACCAUUACAAACCCACUCCCCUCUACUUCAUGGAUGAGAUCGAUGCAGCCCUGGAUUUUAAAAAUGUGUCCAUUGUUGCAUUUUACAUAUAUGAACAAACAAAAAAUGCCCAGUUCAUAAUAAUUUCUCUUCGGAAUAAUAUGUUUGAAAUUUCCGAUAGACUUAUUGGAAUUUAUAAAACAUACAAUAUUACAAAAAGUGUUGCUGUGAACCCAAAAGAAAUUGCAUCUAAAGGACUUGGCUGAACUUGUAUAUAUUGAAGAUUCUUCACAUUUACCUAGAUUUAGUAUUUCUAGGUUUCUGUCUGUAAAGAAUUGUAAAAAGUACGUUUUCCUCUAAGUUGUGUGAUGACAAGUGGUUUCUGUUUUAUUAGUGAUGUCUAAAAAAUUGUAUUCAGUUCUGUAUCAUAAAAAUGAGUCUAGCUGG